CCUAAACCACUUCAUUUCAUUUCAAUCUAAUACUUCUCCGGCUAAACAGAAUCGUUGCAGAUCAAGUUCGGGAAGAAACGAAACCCUAAAACCUAACCCCGCCGAUUCGAUUCAGUCUACCGCCAAUGGACGAUGUUGUUACUUUAGCUCCGGCGGCGAACGCCGUCAAGCCAAUCGUCGUCAGUGUUAAACGCAAAGCUUUUCAUUCUCCCCUCGAUGCGUUUUGGCUGGAAAUUCAAGAGAGGCCGCUGAAGAAGCCGACGAUCGACAUUGCAAAGUUAUCAAUAUCUGGCGCUUCUUCAAGUAGAGUCGAGGAACCGGGGCCCCAGAAGAUUCUUGUACAACACCUGGAAACAGUUGAAAGCUCUGAGCAUACGUUAGACGUUCUGCGAUCUUUUAUGCCUAAUUCAUCUGGCGAGUUGAAAUCUAAAGACAUCGACGAAAAAAGAAGGCGCAGUUUAGAAAGAAGGCGUCGUUUUCCGAUUUUGAAUAAACUAGAUCAGUUAAUGAUCAAAGCAAAAGAACGCAAAGAGGGUGUGGCAAGAAACUCUCGUUUUGAGCAAAUAUGGAGAAGCAGAAAGCCGGGUACAAUUGAUACAGAAGACAAAGCUAUACAUGACAUGUGCCGACUUUAUGAAGUUAUUCGGGUUGAUAAGGAGCCUGAAAUUGAGGAGCAGCAAGAGAGCAGGAUGGAUUUGGAUGGUGACUGCAAAAUGGUGGCUGAAUAUUUGCCUCUGAUGAGGGAGAUUCUGCCAUCUGCUGCUUCGGAGAUCGAGUCUGAUAUUCAAAAUCGUAUGUUCAAAGAAGACUCUUCAGAUGAAGACGACUUCUAUGUUUAUGACUUCUAUGUCGUUAAGGAGGAUGCUAAUGUGACUGUGUCUGAUUCUGAAGUGCCAUUCCCUUUGAUUCAUGUUGAAGAUGAUUUCUAUGAUGGGCGAGACGAUUCAGAAUAUGAAACUGACGAUUCUAACGCGGAAAAUAAUAUCCGAAAUGACUAUCCCGAAGAAGAGGAGACAACUGAGGAUGAUGAGGAUGAAGUGAUGAGCAGCAGAUCAUCUGAUGAGGAAUCGGAGCGUGAGAGUAAAACGUCUGGUAGCCAAUCAGAAGAAGAGGACAAAAGUCGAAGUAAACUACACAAAGAGUACGAAGAGGAACUUGGUGACUGGUCGGACAAUGAAUAUGUGUACCGUUAAGAUGACUUGUGUCGUGACUGAGAUGAUGACUCGUUUGGUGAAUAAGAAUGGAUUGAGGUGAUUUUGUUUUGGAUUCACGUGUGUUAAUAUUUGGUUUUUAUAUGCUGGAACUGUUUUAGCCAUGCACAAUUUCGGAACAGUUGAGAAAAUAUUUUCGAAUUCUUGUCUUGAUGCGGGGAAGCCCAGCAAAACAUUCUCGGUUCGUAUAAUGCGUCGCUCCGUUCUGGAUUGA